AUGGCUCGUCAACGAAAUCACCCAUCGAGAGUCGAAUGGUAUUGUUCGUUCAUAGCCCAAGAUCCAUAUUCCUUCUUCAUUGCUCUCCCUCCCGCCUUCUUCCUCGGUAGGGUCUACGCCCAGAUCUGCUAUCAAUUUCUGGACAAGACAAGGAACUUUCAAUUGGGCAGCUCUUUCUCCUCCUCCGGUAAAUCUCCUUCUCCAGUACUGAAAUCCACAACUGCAUCGUCGACACGUGCUGCGGCGUCUUUAGACUCGAUCCCUCGAUCGAAGAAGCAUCCACAGAUUUCAACCCUUCUGAGAGCUUCUUAG